GGGCGCCGGCUUUAAAUGCGGGGCGGCGGGGAGGCAGCGGCGCUUCCCACCGCAGCCCAUCGGCACCCGCAGCCCCACGCCAUGGUCGAGGCUUUCUGCGCCACCUGGAAGCUGGUGGACAGCCACAACUUCGAUGAGUACAUGAAGGCACUGGGAGUGGGGUUUGCAACGCGACAGGUGGGGAAUGUGACUAAGCCCACUGUGAUUAUCAGCAGCGAGGGGGAUAAAGUAGUGAUCAGGACUCAAAGCACUUUCAAAAACACAGAAAUCAUCUUUAAACUUGGAGAAGAAUUUGAUGAAACUACCCCCGAUGAUAGAAACUGCAAAUCAGUUGUGACCCUGGAUGGAGACAAGCUAGUACAUGUACAGAAGUGGGACGGCAAAGAGACAAACUUUGUGAGAGAAAUAAAGGAUGGCAAAAUGGUAAUGACUCUCACCUUUGGUGAUGUGGUUGCUGUUCGUCACUAUGAGAAAGCGUAGCUUACCUGACCUCUGUCCAGAUGUUACUUCUGCUGGAUGGAUUAAUGUACCGUCCAUAACUGAACGUAGCUAAAAUGCACAUUUCUGGCAUGAAAAGUUAAUAAAGAGGGGGUUUU